CUACUGCACCUCCAUGGUGACAUGGCACAUGGAACACAGCGGAUUGCCCGACGACAUAGCCCAGGAACUGGAGCGAUUGGUGGCGCGGGUGGUUGACCGCCGACUGGCCCCGGACUCGACCGAGAAGCGCCUUACGGGCAUCCCGACGGAGCUGCUUUAUGGCCACCCCACCACUGGCGGCUUCGGCGCACUGCCCAUCCGGCAGCACGUGCGUGGCCGGCAUGCGACAUGGGCCGCACGCCUGGCCGCCCAUGACGACAUCCCGGCCGCCCCGCAGCCCCAGCCGUGGUGCGUCGCCUACGACGUCUACCUCCGCGCGCACCACCCAUCCCUGCGCCCCAGUAGCACGCUGACGGCAGUCCCGGUGGUGGAGGGCGCCGGCGACAUCAUCCCCAGCCACCCACUCCCCGAGGAUACCGAGCGCACGGUCUCAGCGCUGGGGUGGCUACCACCGGUGCAAGUGCUGACUGAGGCACCGGAGCCUGGUGCCUGGUGCUUCACGGCGCCGCUGUGGGGCAACCCGCUCCUCACCCCGUCCCCCGCGGCGGCCAGCGGCGAGCAGGAGGAGGAGGAUAGCGGCAGCGAUGGCGAAACAGCUGUGGAGCCCGUUCCGGCAGGAGUAGCGCGGCGCACGCAGGGGCGUGGUCUCGAUUACCGCCAUAGGACGCUGCGAGCCUGCGCGCGUCUUGUGACCAUCGGUGACUUAGUGCGAGCCCACGCUGCACGACCACCUGCGGCGGCUGCAGUCGACUGGGAGGGGUGGCUGCGAGACUACCUUGCGCCGUCAGACGGCCGUCGCCGGCGCCGUGGGCCCACGCUCGCCGCGCUGCAGGGCCUUGUCGGCGACAUCCCGCCAUCAUGGUGGAGUGCAGCGCAGGCUCACGCCGCACAGCUGGCGAGCCCUGGCCCAGCGCCUGUCCCGGCGCCGUCCACCAGUGAGGUCGUCCGCACCACCAUCAUGCCGCGCAUGGGCUGGAAGCUCUCUGGCUCUGAGACCCUCAAAGUCCCCCUAGCGAAGCUGUCCGUCCGCAUGGCCACAUCCAUGCAGCUGGACGAUGUGGCCACGCGGCGGGCGGACCUACACGAGGAUUAUGAGCGCGCGGCACAGGGCCUCCCGCCGCGCGCUGUGGUGCGGCGGGAGGACCUGCCAGCAGCUGCGGCUGCAACGCUUGGCGCCAUUAGGGACACCCUGGCGCGCCUUUGGCAGAAGGUGCGGUGGGAACGGCGACACUUUGAGACGCUGUGGCGAUUGGCCAUCGACGCAGUGCCGCUGCCGGGAAACUCGCAUAUGCCGUUGGCUCGCCGUGAGCCAUGCGGCUGUGGGCAACACGGCCAUGGGGGCGCCGCGGUGGAGGCACACGCCGCCGCCGCGCCCACGCCACGGCAGCACCACUUCUGGGAUUGCGCGGUGGCGAAGGCCGUGGUGGCGCAGAUCAACGCACACAACCCCGGUCCGGCUCCCAUCAGCCAAGCCCAGCUGUGGCUGGUUCAGGCGCCGCCGGGUUUUCAGCAGUGUGUUUGGGACGUGGUGGUGAUGGCGGCGCUGGCCGCCACAGAACAUGGCCGGGUGCGGCUGCGCGGGAUGACGCGCGCCGCAGCGGCCCUGGGAAUUCAGACGGCGGCGGCAGCAGCUCCCGAGGCUGCGGUGGCAGGUGCAGCGGAGGCGGAACCCGAUCUUGACGAGAUCCCGCCCACACAGCUGACGCCGCCGCAGCCAGGCGUCAACCCCGUCGAGCUUGCGUGCGCUCGUGCAGUCGCGGACUUCUGGUCGCGGCUGAUGCAGUUCGCGCAGCUCGGCGUGCCCCAAAAGGGCUGGGAUGGUGUUGACGCCACUCACCCCAUCCUGGCGGUGGUGAACGGUGAAAUGCUGUGCGCGAUGCCGCAAGCUAUGGAGCUGGAGGCUUGAAAGGGAUCAGCCCUUAGGAGAAGCGCGUGAGCACUAACAUGAGCCACUGAAGCAGUGGCAUACGAGAGGGUCAGCGGGGGAGCUUAGUGGGCAGGCGAAGGGUUUUUGUUUUACGCCCGUGGGAGCAGGGCCAGGUUUGCGGGGUUUUAAUGCCUGAGAGGGUGUAUUGGGUGCUGCAACACCCCGGGUCUUACGGCCUGGACCGGCCUAGUGGCCAGACGCGUUUGUGGCUGCCCUUAGGCAUUGUCUGCCCUUGCGUCGAGAGCUGGUUAGGUUGCGGUUGAGGUCGUGCAGGCUGCCGGGUCGUAGGACUCAGCCCCGCAGCCACUGUGGUCGUGCUUUCGCGUGCUGUCGCGUGCUGCGUGUUAUGUUUGCUGUUUUUUGUCUUCUGCCCGCCUGGUUUUUAAGAGGUAGCU